GCUCACCUGCAGAAGGAGGGCAGGCAGCAGAGAGGAAGGGUUGCUGCUGCUGCUACUGGAUCAAGAGCUCCCAGGCUCUCCUCGCGCAGGCACGCCACACGCGCAAACACGUGCCGAUCCAGCCACUCUCUCUUCCCAAGAAUUGCACCCGCCGCCUCCGUUCCAUUUGUUGAACUGUAGCACAUAUUCUGAAGCCUACAAUGGGAGCAUCUGUGGAGCUUGUCUUGUUUUCAUUAGCCGUCGUCUCCUUUACAGUGUUACGGCCAACAGAGAGUACUCUAAGAAACUAUGGACCAAUCUUUGAAGAACAACCACGUAACAUCAUCUUUCCAGAAGGAUCAACAGAGGAGCAAAUACUGUUGGUUUGUCAAGCACGAGCCAGCCCUCCUGCAACCUAUAGGUGGAAGAUGAAUGGCACAGAGAUCAAAAUAGAGCCAGAUUCACGUUAUAGGUUGAACGGGGGCAACCUGGUGAUCAGCAACCCAGUGAAAGCCAAAGACACCGGGUCCUACCAGUGUGUGGCAUCCAACUCCGUGGGCACAGUAGUCAGCAGAGAAGCUUCCAUUCGCUUUGGCUUUUUGCAGGAAUUCUCUACAGAAGAGCGAGACCCCGUGAGGGUUACGGAGGGCUGGGGGGUGAUGCUUACUUGCAGCCCACCUCCCCAUUACCCAGGACUUGCAUACCGCUGGUUUGUGAACGAAUUCCCCAACUUCAUCCCAGCAGACGGAAGGCGUUUCAUCUCCCAAAAAACGGGAAACCUUUACAUUGCUAAGACAGAGGCUUCUGACCUCGGCAACUACUCCUGCUUUGUCACUGGCCAGAUUGAUUCCAUUCAGAAGAGUGUCUUUAGCAAAGUUUCUCAGCUCAAUCUUCUCAGAGAAGAUUCCAGGCCGUUUGCUCCCAGCAUUAAAGCCAAGUUUCCUUCUGACACUUAUGCUCUGGCCGGGCAGCUGGUGGCUUUGGAGUGUUUUGCCUUUGGGAACCCUGUCCCUCGAAUAAAAUGGCGGAAGUUGGAUGGUAGCCAGUCCUCUGAGUGGAUCACAACAGAGCCCCUUCUACAGUUUAAGGAGAUUGGCUUUGAAGAUGAAGGCACUUAUGAGUGUGAAGCUGAAAAUGCCCAAGGAAAAGACACCUAUCGGGGCCGCAUCAUCAUCCAAGCUCAGCCAGAAUGGCUGAAGGUCAUCUCAGACAAAGAGGCUGACAUUGGAGCAGACCUUCACUGGAGUUGUGCUGCAGCUGGCAAGCCAAGGCCUACCGUCAAAUGGCUACGGAACGGGCAGCCCUUAACCUCUCAGAAUCGCAUUGAAGUGAAUAGUGGGGAUUUGAGGAUUUUAAAGUUAACAAUGGAGGACUCUGGGAUGUACCAGUGUGUAGGAGAGAACAAGCAUGGCAGCAUUUAUGCAAGUGCUGAAUUGGCUGUGCAAGCCUUUGCUCCAGAUUUUCGGCUAAACCCCGUGAGGCGACUAAUACCAGCAGCUCGAGGCGGAGAAAUCAUUAUCCACUGCCAGCCAAGAGCUGCACCAAAGGCCAUUAUACUCUGGACCAAAGGGACUGAGCUUCUAAGCAAUAGCUCCAGCAUCACCAUCACUCCAGAUGGCACCUUGAUCAUUCAAAAUAUUAGCAAGUUAGAUGAGGGCAAAUACACCUGCUUCGCAGAGAAUUUCAUGGGCAAAGCAAACAGCACAGGAGUUCUCUCAGUUCGAGAUGCCACUAAAAUCACCCUCGCGCCAUCCAGUGCUGACAUUAAUGUAGGUGAAAAUAUUACCCUUCAAUGCCGUGCCUCUCAUGACCCAACAAUGGACCUCACCUUUACUUGGUUCCUGGAUGACUUUCUCAUUGACUUUGUCAAGUCCGAAGGCCACUACAAGCGAGCUAGUACAAAAGAGAACAUUGGAGACCUUUUGAUCUUGAAUGCUCAGCUAAAACAUGCUGGUCGAUAUACUUGCACAGCUCAGACAGUGGUGGACAGUGCUUCUGAGUCAGCAUUGCUGGUUGUAAGAGGUCCUCCAGGGCCACCUGGUGGGCUGGUGGUGAGGGACAUCAAGGACACCACUGUGCAGCUGAGCUGGAGCCGAGGCUUUGAUAACCACAGCCCCAUUGCCAAAUAUGUCAUCCAGGCCCGCACUCCACUCUUCUCCAAGUGGAAGCAAGUGCGCACCAAUCCUGCAAAUAUUGAAGGUAAUGCGGAGACGGCCCAAGUGGCCAACCUCAUACCAUGGAUGGAUUAUGAAUUUCGGGUCCUGGCCAGCAACAUCCUUGGAGUGGGAGAACCCAGUGUGCCUUCUACCAAGAUCCGCACCAAAGAAGCUGCCCCUACUGUUGCACCAUCUGGGCUCAAUGGAGGAGGAGGAGCGCCUGGAGAACUCAUCAUCAACUGGACGCCAAUGCAACGGGAGUACCAAAAUGGAGAUGGCUUUGGAUAUAGGCUCUCUUUUCGCAAAGAAGGCACUCAGGUGUGGAAGACAGCAAGCGUGCCCCAUGCGGAAUCCCUACAUUAUGUUUAUCGCAAUGAGAGCAUCACACCCUAUACUCCCUUUGAAGUGAAGAUCAAGGCCUUUAACAGGAAGGGGGAGGGGCCAGAGAGCCUGGUGUCCAUUGUACAUUCUGCGGAGGAAGAACCAAGAGUGGCUCCCUCUAACGUUACUCUCAAGGCAGUGUCGGCCACAGAAUCAGAUUUUUCUUGGGAUCCCGUGGAGCAACAUGAAAUGAAUGGAGUCCUUUUGGGCUAUGAGAUUCGGUACUGGAAACAUGGCGACAAAGAGGAGGCUGCUGACAGAGUGAGGACUGCGGGACUUGUCAACUCAGCACGUGUGACAGACCUCCAACCCAACACCAAGUAUCGUGUGGCUGUCAGAGCUUACAACCGGGCUGGGACUGGGCCAGCCAGUCCUCCCACCAGUUUCAUGACUACAAAACCACCACCAAAAAGGCCACCAAGCAACAUUUCCUGGAAGUUUUCCAGCACCAGCAUUAGCAUCAAGUGGGAUCCUGUGGUCGCCAAUUCAGAUGAGUCUCCUGUCACUGGGUACAAGAUGCUGUACCAGUCGGACCCGCACUCAGCCCCUGUUCUGUACACAGCCGCCAAAAAUUGGAUUGAGAUCAUGGUUCCAGAAGACUCUACUCAUGCAGUGGUGCAAAUCAGGACAACUGGUCCAGGAGGAGAUGGAGUCCCAGCAGAGGUGCGCAUCCUGAGAAACAGUGGGACCAGUAUGAUGGUGCAAAAUUCUGCUGACCAUCCAGUGACAAAUAACGUGGUUGCUCUGAUGUACUCACUAAUUCUGUCUGCACUAAUGGGUUGCUUGGAGCUCUGAUAACCAGCCCCUGUUAAAGAGAGAUGUUGGAUUCCUCCUCAUCAAGCCAGAGAGCAAAUCAACAACUGACCAUUGGGAGUACAAGUUUCUACUACAACUAGUAGUAGAAAAGAACUCAAGAGGAAAAAAUAUAUAUACUCUUUUCUUCCUUUUUCUUUUUUUAGAAAAUAGAAUAUUUCAUACAAGACGCGAGUCUUUAAUCAGUCAGUGGUGGUUUUUUUAACUGAAGAAACAAAAGGAUGAAUUUCAUAUGAAUUCUGGAAACUGGCUGUCUCAUAUUACUGUAUUCAGUAGAUUCUUCUGCCUUACAAAGCCAUGUACAGAAGGAAACAGACUCUUAAAACUCAAUCUUGAACCUUGUUUUCUUUCUUUUUUUAAAAAAAUUACAGAAUAAACGCAGUAUCUUUUGGGGGAGAGGUUUUCAAAGUGACGAGCAUGCUCUGUAUCAUUCCAACCAGUGUUGAACUGACGACUCUUGGGUUCAAAGAUGAAGGAGAACUCACUGAGUGGCAGCAUUAGCCUAAUCACUGCCUUCCAUGGCAGCCAACUGAAGUGGAUAAAGCUAAUGGUGAUGGACAAGCAUUUUGCACCCCAGACUUUAGAAGAAGCAAGCAGAGCUUUGUGAAUGGGUUGCCAAAAGUAGAAAAUUGAGGCUCACGGGUGGAACCAAAAACAUUACAGUUGCCUUGCCAUGUGGCUUCCACCCAGUAUGUGUUGCUUGUAAUCUUCGGUGCUUUACCACACUUGGCGCAACACACAUGCAUUUACCAGUUCUUGCAUUUUCCUUUGGUUUUCUUUCCUUCUCCUUCUCCUCCCCCUGCCCCACUUCACUAGGUGUUCUGAAGAAAAACAGAUACCAGAGGAGCUUUUAUGUCAGGAAGGAAAGGUUCAGGGUCUGUCUAAAAGGUCAUUUGAAUGUGGUAGACGGGAGGUGGUUACCUCAGAAGCCGCUUUCCAUUUUUACAUAAUAAUAUCAUCUGCCCAAACUUUCAUUAACCUGCCUUGGACCUGAGAGCAAAUUCAGUCUAUUCAGUCGUCAUGCCUUUCCACCUGUAGGAAAGUUCUCAGGUCAUGUGUGGUUGCCAAACCAAUAAAUUUUUGGAAAUGUUAUGCCUCUGAUCACUGUCAGAACUGAACAGUAGCUCAAUCGAGCGCCUGAACUGAGACAUAAGAAUGCUGACAGACAUAUUUUGUUUCUCAGAACGUUCUUCGGUGAUUUAAUGUUUGUGCUUAGCUUGUUGAUCUCUCUUAGUGUGCUUUACAUCUUUCAUAGACUAAGGAAGGGGGGAACUUCAGCUCCCCAAACAGCUUGUAAGAACGAACCAAUAAGAUUAGUGUAGGAAUCCUGUUACGCACUAUAAAACACCCUCGUACUUUCCUGAACUCAGAAAAUAGGACAGAUGCUUACUGGGGCUACCCAGCCAGAUGGGUGGGGUAUAUUACUACUGCUGCUGCUGUUGCUACUACUACUACUACUACAACUGAGCCCACAGAUUUUGUCUCUAAAUGGAAAUGUUUAAGGUGCAGGAGUUGCUUCUUUUAGCUAUUGGACAACUUCUUCCGAUCUUAAACAUGCACAAAUGGCUUGUUUUUCCCCUUGGUGAUGGUGUUCUUCACAUUUCACAGUGUUGAAUGGAUGUGGAUAGCAACCCCUGUAGGUACUCCAUUGGCUGGGAGAGGUGGUGAUUAACUCUGGCGACGUCUCCCAAUCAAAAUUCCCCCCAAGCUGUUAUCAGCUCUAAUAAGGGGUUAAAUACAGAAAUACAGGUACUUCACUCACCUUCGAAGGAGAAAGCUAGAAAAAGAAAAGUUUUGUUACAGGUCUAAUUUUUUGUGUGUCUGCUCCAAUCCUAAGGUACUUAUGUAGAAUGUGAAUUGUCCUCCACAAUUUACGUUUUUUUUAAAGAAAUGUUAGUCUGAAAUUAUGUGCUAGCUUCCCUUUUGGGAUUCUUCCCAUAGUUACAUCUGAUGGAAGCUCUUCUGUUGUUCAAAUGCAAGUUACAGUAUAACUAUGCUUUGUAUAUUUUAUGUGAAUUUUAGAGUUCUUGUUUAUUUUUAUUGAAGGCUUGGCAUAUUUCUUGUUUGGGGUAGAUUGGUUGGCAUUAAAAGGUUUUGUUGGCAUUAAGAGAAUCUCUCCAGCAUAUGAAGCAAAGUUCGUUCCCAAAUUGUUUGUGACUAGAUACUGGGAAAUGAACCAGGGACCACCUGCAUUUGGUCUGCCAUUGAACUGUGGCUACUCUACUCAAGAUAUGUCACUUGUAGUUACACAGAAGCAUCAGGUGUGAGUUAUCUCUGCACAACACAUUGUGGUAUUCUAAGCUUAAAUUAAGCUAGAGCUUGGACCAGGAACCUAUCAAGUGGUCAAACCAAGUUGCCUUUGAAAAUGUGCAGCAUACCUUAAUCUCUCCUCUAGAUAGCCACGGAUUGGGAUCUGAUUAGAGGGUGCAGGUUCCAGGCAAGCUUGAGUUCCACCAUUUUGCUCUUUCAGAAAUUAAAUACUGGUGGCAGCGUUCAGAGUAUCUUUGGUUCUCCAGAUGCUGCUGGACUACCAUCAUCCCUGGCCAUUGGCCAUGCUGAUUACAGGUGAUGGGAGUUGACGUCCAUCCACAUCUGGAGGGCCACAGGUUCACCAUACCUGUCCUAAACAGUGAGAGGUAACAUAACGGGGGAUGGAAAAAGAAGUGUUCACCCAGCAUGCCGAGUUCUCCUGACAAACUGGGCAGUGAGGGCCAAGUGAUGACGGCUCAGCUGGGUGUUUGAAAAACUGAGCCUUGAUAUUUUGAUGCUUAAGCAAGAUGCAAACUGAAAAGGGCGCAGAAGCCUGUUUUCCAGUGGUCUUGUACCACCCCCUCAACAUGGUCUGCUCCACUUUGGUAAUGUGGAAAACCUAAAAACUGUAGAGUAACUUUACUAGCAUUGUGUAUAAGUGCAGUGUCAAUAGUUUUACAUUUGCAUUCUGUUAAAAAUGGCUGCUGGUGGGAUACAUCUUGUACAUCUUUGUUGAGUUUGAUGGGGUGCAGCCUUGUCUCUUUUCAAGGGCAUGAAAAGGCAUUUUUCCUUCUCUAAGGUCUAUGAAUCCAGUCGGGGCCUGUGCCCCACCUCCUUGGCCAAGGAGUUCCACCUUGGUGUUAAGCUAGUUGUAUCUCAUCCCUCUUCUGCUCUUUCCCAGGGACACCCUUGGUUGUUCUCUCCUUCUCUCCUCCAUCUAAGGGGUGGGUGGGUGCCAAAUCAAGCUGCCUUUUUUCAAAACAAUAUAUUUAUCUUGACAGAAGAAAGUGUUGAAGGUAUCCUCCAGCCUGCACUGGAGUGUUGGAAGUGGGGAUGAAAGAGCACAUUUUUCAGCAGACUGACCUUAUUUGCAUCUCCCAGGCUAAUACAUUGCCUAAUACGUGGAUUGGACCAUAGCCAACCUUCGAUUUUGCACUUCUCAGCCCGAAAUACAUACCAAAAUGUGUUAAAAACAAUAUGUGUUUUUUAAGGAUAAAAUAGAUUUAGAAAUGCACACAUUGAUAUAAAAUACAUAUUUAAAUAUGAUUUUUUUAAUAAAAAUACAUAUUUAAAUGAUAUUUAAAUAUAAAUUUCUGUAUUGAUUUUCAAUAAAUUGCAGAUUGAUAAAGCAGGAAACGAUAGAUUUGUGAACGAACAUGUGAGAAACUGACAGAAAUAGACAGAUCUGCCUAUCUCUAGCUGGAAGCUAUUUCUUUGGGAGCUAACAUAGCAUUGUGAUUGGCUAAGAGACAUGACCUGUAAACCAGGAGUUCCUUGAUUCACAGCUUGCCUCUGCCAUGGAUGCAGUAGGUGGCCUUAGACCAGCCGCUAUCACUCAACCUCAGUGCCUCAUCUGCAAUAGGGGGUGUGAUAAUAAUACUGAUUUGCCUUUCAGGAUGAUUUGUAAGGACCUCUGAGAUCAUGUACAAGAAGCACUUUGAGGGCUCCAAAUUGCUAUGAAAAUGUUAUUGUACUUUUCAGUUGCAUAUAUUGUUUUUUGCAGUUCUUCCCUUCUGUUGACCUGAAGGAGUAUUUUGACAGCAGUGCGCAAACUCGAGUCAGGGUGUAUAAAAAGGCAAGUAGGAGAUUUUGUUCCACACAGGCAAAAAGGGAGAAGCAGGCCAUGCCCCUGCGUGGGCCAUAUAAGAGUGUUUCAUACCCUUAUCUAAAAGCAUGCAAGGUAGGCAUUUGUGUGGUGCAUCAAUGUGUUUUGGUAGGCUAUAUUUUAGAAUGAGGGAAUUUCUCCAGAGAAGCAAAAAAGACACCCUUGUUGUAUUCUAGCAUGCAGUCUAGAAUACUUCCAAUUCCGCUCGGCUUCAAACGAGGCUGAACCCUGUGGAGAACUUCAUGCCUAUAGCUGUGCUAAUGAAACAAUUUGUUAUAGUUUAUGUAAUGUGCAUAGAAUGGGAUAGAACUGGGCGUGCCAGAGACACUUUGCAAAUGUUAACAUUUCCUUGGGCUCAGGUGGGGCUCAGAUCAGGUAUCUUCAUUCUGAACUGCAUCCCUGGCAUAUUACUGGCAAAAUUCACCUGUGGCACAUUGAAUGGAAAGGAUACCAGUUGACUUUUUUCCAUGAGUGUCACUCUAGACUUCAGACUUGCUGUUUAAAAUAAAGCAGUAUUUUAAAAUAUAAAAGUGAGACACAAUUAGGAUGUAUGAUCAAUAGCCCUGUGAAAUUACGUGUGUAUGUAUGUAUGUUUGUAUAUUUAUAUGUGCAUUUGUUUUGGAAUUUGUGUUAUUUCUUCUCAUGCAUUGAAAUAUAUUCUUUUUGUUACAUUUACAUUCAUACCCCAACUUACCAUGUAUAAAUAAAACUGCAGUACACAUUCAGGUUUUAUACUGUAUCAGUGUUUUCAGGCAAGUUGACGGUAGAGCAGCAUCUACUGGUAGCUGUCUUGAGGACUUGCAGUAGAUUGGGACA